AGUGACACACGGAAAUUGAAUAUUAACUGUCAUAUUUUGUAGGAUUAAGAGAUAUUUUAUCAGGUUUUAAAAAAUCGGAAUUUCAAGUGGGACUGGGCGAGAUUAACUACUUAAGCUGCUUUCUAAACAGAAAAACAGUGAAUGGAAGAACCAUGUUAGGAGAGUUGCCACAUGUGGAAAGGGGCGGGGCCGUAUGCUUUAUAAGCCACACAAAAAACAUGUUCUGCCAUUCAGACACAGAACUGAAAAGAAAUUACAAUGUUUGGACUACAGUACAUCUGGGACAGCAUUCUGCAGUACGAGGCCGUGCUAAGGUCUCCAUAUUUCCCAGUUCUCUUCUCAAUUACUGUCUACCUAAGCUUCUGCCUGCCUUUUGUCGUUCUGGAUGCCCUAUCACCUAGGGUGGCACUGAUAAGGAGGUACAAGAUUCAACAGAAAACCAGCGUGUCUUGGACGAUGAUAUGGAGCUGCCUCGCACUCUCGCUCUACAACCAUGCCAUGUACAUCUUCCCACUGAGUGUCCUGCACUGGUACUGGAGACCUGUCAGCUACCAAGCGAUGGCACCUGGGCUCCUGCGAGUCAUCUGGGACCUUGCUGCCUGCCUGCUUCUCUUUGACUUCCAGUACUUUGUAUGGCAUCUUCUGCAUCACAGAGUACCUUGGCUCUACCGCACUUUCCAUAAGGUGCAUCACAAAUACACGUCCACCUUCGCUCUGGCCACUGAGUACUCAGGGGCUUGGGAGACUCUGUCGUUGGGUUUCUUCGCUGCUGUGAAUCCUAUGUUACUGGGGGUUCAUCCUAUGACAGAGAUGCUUUUCCAUAUGCUGAACAUGUGGCUGUCAGUUGAGGACCACUGUGGCUAUGACCUGCCAUGGGCGACACACAGACUGGUGCCUUUUGGUCUGUAUGGAGGAGCUCUGCACCAUGAUGUCCACCAUCAGAAGUUCAAGUCCAACUAUGCUCCAUACUUCACUCACUGGGACAAGCUCUUUGGGACACUGCACUCCGAAUGAACUGAGCAAAUGGAACAAACUACAUGAACUGAUUUCAUCUGUCUUUUUUGUAAAAAGUGCAUUACCAUUCUAUGAAUGAAUACCUUUGACUCUAAAACUUUUUGAAAAAAAGAGUUGCUUUAUAAUUCAUGUGUGUUGAAUUAAUGUACUCAUUUAUUUAUUUAAUGUCUGUAUUUAAGUGUGACUAAGAAAAAUGAUCAUGUCUAAGGACUAUGUGAAGUAUAUUUGUUAAGCUUGACCUAAUAUUUUUUAUUUAUUUAUAAACCUGUUUUGAUACUGGUUGUUUUAAACUGGAACGUGAAGAACAAAUCUAACUAAUUGCAAUAAAGCUAUGAAGUAAAUAAUAA